AACAAUAGGAACAGCAAAUUAAUUCAUUAUGUAAGUGAUAAAACUUUUAGGAUAACAAAAAAAGAAAAAGUGGCAAAGUUACAAAGGAGGAAGGGAGUAUUUAACAAAUCCCCAAAAAACCUAUAAAUCUAAACUAAAUCUUAAAUUGACUAAAUAGGUUUAAACCACUGCAAAUAAUAAUAAGGUGACAACUCGAGCACCAUUUACAAAAAACUUAUAGAGACGUAUACUGAUGUGCGCCACGCCGCCACCUAGAGAGAAGCUCUCUAGGGUUUAGUCAGCGAUCAGCUUGGGGUCAGCGAUUUCCCAAUCGCUUGACGAUUGUGUACACGGCGAGGAAUAGGCGACGAAUCUUCAUUGAAGCUACAGUGUUCUCGCGCAGGACAGGUUGCGGAGCUUUCGUGUUGGUGAUCUUUAGUCGUCUUUCUUUCGACAGUUUUGGCUCGAGAAUGGAAGCAAGUUUUGAGAAGAGUUCCGGCAGAUUGGCCCGAGAGGGGCGUGUCCUCAGUGUCGAAUGGGAAUGAAUAGCAAAAUUCAUGAUGUCCAAGACAAAUGGUGAGGAAGAGGAUGAAGUAUUAGCAAUUCACCCCCUCCUGAGCCGCCGCCAUGGAUGGAGGAUUUAGAAGAAGUGGAUGCAAAAAAGAUCCAACGGUUGAAGUUUUACUUUUUUUGCUUAUUUCUAUUCAGACUGAAUUUGCUUGUUGCUUGUGUCUUUAUGUCGUCGUACAAUAAGGGGGAAGGGUAUGUGUGUUGGUUUUGUGUAGCAGGUAGAAUUUUGGUUGGAGGCAAUCAGGCCGAUUCAGCCGCUAAUAGUCUAUAUGCUCUCACUGUUUCAGCGACUAGUCUCGCUCUUUUCGGGGCGGGCUAUUCUAUGUCUAUUCUCCCAAACACUAUCUAUUCAGGCUGAUUCAGGCUGAUUCAGCCGCUAAUAGCCUAUAUGCUCUCAUUGAAAGGAAACAAUGGGAGGGCCAUUGGGCUUUGGUAUUGUUUGGAGAGAGGGAGAUUUAGGUCUUGGGACAUGGUUGUUACUCUUGUUUGGUUUAUUUAUAAUAAGUUUGUUUCCUUUCAAAAAAAAUGUUUAACCCGCUGCAAACCAUUUAUGUGCAUAAUGGUAUGCUUAAACUGCACUAAACCCAGGAGUUUUCUUCAUUUUUUGCUCACUCAUAGAUCUCCUCACUUUUGCAACACCCUGCCAUUUCCCAGCACCCGCAUAAACAUUUGAUAACAAAACUUGAUCGCCAGAGUUGUUUGGAUCCAUCUCCAAAAGCUUUUCUUUCACAAGUUCAGCUAAUUGAACUUCACCAUAGAAGCUAGAAGCCCCCAAAAGAGUCCGCCAAAUGACAGUGUUUGGGGGAAUAGACAUUUGCUUGAUGAAAUCAUAUGCCACUGUUAACUCUCCACGCCUACUGUAAAGAUCAACCAUACAGCCAUAGUGUUCGAUAUCUGGUUCGAUGCCAUAUACUCUUGUCAUUCUUUCGUAAAUAUAUUGUCCUUCUUCAAGUAACCCAGAAUGGCUACAUGCACAAAGAAUUGAAACGAAGACAACCCGGUCGGGAAUAGUUCCUGAAGCUUCCAUUUUUUGAAAAAGUUGGAUCGCCUCUUCACCAUAGCCGUGCAUUAGAAGCGCAGUAAUCAUACACGUCCAAGAAACCAAACUCUUCUUUUUCCUUGGUAUCUGUUCAAAGACUAAACGGGCCAUCCCGAGAUUCCCAGACCUGGCAUAAAUAUCCAGCAGUGCGUUAUUCACUGAGACAAUCCACAUAAGUCCAACUUUCUUUACAAAUCCAUGGACGGCUUUAGCAAAUUCGAACUCCCCAGAUUGAGCACAGGCAGAUAGAACCCCUGUCAGGCUGACCUCAUUGGGAGUCAUUCCAUCCCUCCUUAACUCCCUGAAAAGCCAAAAUGAUUCAUCAAAAUAGCCGUUAAAGGAAAACCCAUAGAUCAUGGUGCUCCAAGAAGCGGCAUCCCUUGUAGACAUUUGAUCAAAUAUCUUCUUGGCACAGCCUAAUUCUCCUGCUUUGGAAUACCCAGCAAGCAUCACAUUCCAGGAAGUCAAGUCCCUCAAAGGCAUCAAACAGAACAUCGAUUCUGCACCGCGCAAAUCACCAACCCGGAUAUAAGCAGUAAGAAUCGCAUUCCGGGUAACCACAUUCGGUUCGGACAUUUCAUCGAACAUGUUCCGUGCAAACUGUAUGCACCCACACUCGGCAUACAUGCUGAUCGUGGUAGUCCCUACAAAGAGAUGGCAAUGGAGGCCACGAGAGAAUGAUUGACAAUGAAUCUGGGACCCACUCUUGAAACACCUCAUGUUCGCGGCCGCCUUGAGAGCGAAAGCGAGAGAGAAGCUAUCGGGAGGAGACUGCGAGCUCCGAAUCAUGGUUACGAACGUCUUGAGGGAAUUCUGAGGAAGGUCCGAAUCAGAAAAUCCGCGAAUGAGCGUCUUGUACAUGAAGACGUCUGGGUUCGGGGUGUGGAGGAAGAUGCGGUGAGCGUAGUCGAGUGCGUCGCCGAUAAUUACAGAGCAGUGACUGAGCAGCUUCCCGGCGAUGGAUUGGUCGGAUUCGAGACCGGCCUUGCAAACGUAAGCGUGGAGUUGCUGGACGCAUUUCAGAGUCUUGCAGCUGGCCAAGAGCAAAUGACAUGAGCUUUCGGCGCUGCUCAUUCGCGUUUCAUUGUAGGAGACUAGGAGCGGAAUGGGUCGGUAAGUCAAACCCACCGGGCUUCAUUUCAGGUCAAUGAACAAGGAAGCAAAUGCAAAUUAGAAAAACAGUAUGUUUAACAUAAAUUAGCUUAAAUAAGACUAAAACUAGCUUAAAAAUCUAAAAUAAGAUUACUUAUGUUUUUAAUUCAAAAUAGGAUCACAUUAGUCCUAUUUGGAAACAUGCUUACUUUAGCUUUCCCUUUUUACCCCUGUUAUGUUUUAAGUCUAGUUUAACUCAUAAUAUUAGUACCGACAUAAUACCUGUCAGUUUAAUACGUUAGUUAUCCGUUGCUCGCGCCACCGCCUUUCUUCUUCGUUUAACUUCCUCUUUUGCGAUCGAAGCUCUGCAACCGAAUAAACUCAACUUGCGAUUAUACUGGCUAUUCUUUUGCGAUCAUACUGGUUAUUCUUUUGCGAUCGGAGCUCUCCCACCACCUUUCUUCUUCGUUUAACUUCCUCUUUUGCGAUCGGAGCUCUGCAACCGAAUAAACUCAACUUGCGAUUAUACUGGCUAUUCUUUUGCGAUUAUACUGGCUAUUCUUUUGCGAUCGGAACUCUGCCACCGCCUUUCUUCUUCGUUUAACUUCCUCUUUUGCGAUCAGAGCUCUGCAACCGAAUAAACUCAACCGAAUAAGCUCUUUGUUUAACCGUCCUAUUUGUUCUAUCAGUUCUUCAACUCAACUUGCGAUUAUACUGGCUAUUCUUCCGUGCGACGAGUUCUGAAACUCAACAAAUUCAAGGUCAAUCCGUUCGAUCAUCUCUUCAACUCAACUUAGCAAUCCGUUCGAUUAUACUUGCUGGUAUGUGAAAUUCAAUUUGUCGUUUGUAUUUUUUUAUGACCAGGUUGACGAUCACAAUCAUUCUGUUUAAUUUGGUGAUUAUACUGUUAUUUGAGAAUUCACCUUUGUUUGAAUCGUUUGCUACUUACUUCGUUUUAUUAACAUUAUCAUCCUUUCUACUCUUAAACAAAUUCUAAUGUCUUGUUUCAUGUGAGAUUCAUUGCUUUAUCACUGUUAGGGAUGUUAUUGCUAAAAACUUGGCAUUUUCAUAAGGUUAUAUGCCUUUUUUGUUAUACUGUUUUUUUGACCAAGUUCACAAUCUAAAUCAUUGCCUUUACUUUGGCGAUUAUACUUUAUUUGAGCUUUCACUUUUGUUUGAAUCGUUUGCUAUUUAAUUCUGUUUCUUUGUUAUUGCCAUAAACUUGGCAUUUUGCUAUAGGUUUAUGACGUUUUUUAGUUCUGUUUCUUAUUCUUUUUCUCCUUAGUUGUCAAUAUGGAUCCUGUUCUUCUGCUUAUGGUGAAAGUUGAUGGUACUUGGGACAAUGACUACAACUUCAAUUGCAGAUCCACCUUUGCUAUGCAAGUUCUUUUCUCUGCUAACUACACAGCAUUCAUGGAACAAUUAUCUUCCAUAUUUUCUCCUUACAAAUCAAAUAACCACUUUAAUCUUUCUUACAUUGUUGAUGGUUGUCCUCCACCUAUUUCUAUCCAUGAUGAGGAAACGUUUCGUUUUUACCUUUAUCUUAAGUCUCUUCAAACUGAUUUUCAAAAAUCUCCCUUGUGUGUGGAAUUCUUGGUUGAUCAACCUGUUGCACGACCUGUUGUAUCUUGUCCCACAAAUUCUGUUGCACAAACUGUUCUACCAGAAAUCCCAUGUUUCUUAAAUCAAUCUUCUGGUCAUAUUCGUUCUUCUUUCAACAGUAUUGAAGAACAUUACGUCCAAGUUAAUAAUGAGGUCAAUGUUACAGACACUUCCCAAACUCAUAUGACCAAUACAGAUGUGCUCUCUUGUAGUCCUACCCCAGAAGUUAGCUCUACCCCGUCACCUUCUUCAAUGUGUAAUGACAAUUUUUCUGUUCAUCAUAAUCUCGAUGUCAUCACUCACUAUCACCCCACUCAGAUUGUAUUGCAUGCUAUUUACAAUUCUAAAGCAGGUCUUCUUCACCAUUUGAAGCUAUACGCAAUAGAUAAUGUGUUCCAAUUCAGGACACUAACAUCAAAGAAGAAAUGUUUACACGUUAUCUGCUUGGAUAAAAAAUGUAAAUGGGCUGUGAGGGCUGUAAGAUUACGUGGUGUCCAAAUGUUUCAGAUACAAAGAUUUACAUCAUCACAUACGUGCUCUUUUGAUUUUCGUCAAGGCAAACAUCGCCAAGCGACCUACCGCACUGUUGGAGAGCUUGUAUUGCAUAAAUUUUUGGAUGCGUCAAAAAAGCCUUAUAGGCCAAAUGAAAUAAGGGAAGACAUGCUUCUGAAUCAUGGUAUUUCCAUUUCUUAGAAGAUAGCUAUGCAGAAACAGUUUGGAACAGAUUCUGACUCAUACCAAUUGCUACCGUCUUUGGCGUAUGCUCUUGAAAAAGCUAAUCCAAAUUCUCUAAUUUCUCUUAUAACUUCAGAAGGUAAUACCUUCCGUUAUUUUUUCAUAUCCCUCUUACCUUGGAGGGAGGCGUGGAAAUAUUGCAGACCAGUUCUCAUUGCAGGCGGGUCAUUUUUGAAGGCGUAUUACAAGGGUACCCUUCUCACAGCCUGUGCUCAAGAUGCAAAUGGCCAAAUUGUCCCACUAGCAUUUGGCAUAUGUGAUUCAGAAUCUAAAGAGUCUUGGAUAUGGUUUUUUUCUAAAGUUCGUGAAGCAUUGAUGUUCCGCGAGGACAUGUACAUUGUAUCAGAUAGACAUAAGGGCUUGCUUAGUGCAGUUUAAAAGAUUUUUCCACAUGCUAGUCAUGGAUAUUGUGUUGAGCAUUUGCGUCGUAACAUGAUUUCUAAAUUCAAGGGCUCCGCGAUUGAUUUAGGUUGGAAGUUCAAAGCUGCUUAUAUGGCUUCAACUGUGAAGGAGUAUGAAGAGUACAUGGCAUUGUUGGAUUCCGAAGAUACCCGUAUACGACCAUGGCUAGAAAAAAUUGGCAGUCAUAAAUGGGCAAAAUGCGUGUGUGGUCCUCGUAUGUAUGAUAUAAUGACAUCAAAUUGUGCAGAGUCAAUGAACAAUGUAGAUGUUUCAGCAAGGGAGUAUUCUGUCGCUAAACUCAUUGACUCUUUGAGAGUAAGAAUGCAACAAUGGUUCACUGAGAGAAAGGAAAAGGCUGAGAAGACAACCUCUUUUUUGACAAAAAACGUGAAAAGCUACUGGUUUCACUUCAAAGUCAAGCUAGGAAACUCAGGGUUAGUUGUUUUUUCUUCUGCAAUAUUUCUGUCCAUUUAUAUUAAUGCCUAAUCUUUGGAAGUUUCCUACAACAUAUGGUACAUUCUGCCACCUUCAGAUUUUUCAUACAGUUUCUUAUAUGUUUUUGCAUUGUCCUUUUCCAUUGUCAAGUUACAUAUUAUUGUUCACUUUUUCAUUAUUCUAGGUAAAGUCGUACUCAUAUUUGGAAUUUGAAGUGGUUGAUAGACAUUCCCGUUCUUUUGUUGUUGAUCUCAAUGCCAGGGCAUGUACAUGUGGGGAGUUUCAAUUGUCUCAUUUUGUUUGCAUUGAUGCUGUUGCGGUUAUUGGUUUUCGACCUCACCUGUCGUGCUAUGAUUUUAUUUCUCCAUAUUACACACGCCACUAUUGGUAUUCUACUUGGAGUGCUGUUAUGCAUCCAAUUAUAGACCCCUCAUCUUGGGUGGUUCCUUCCAAUGUUUUGAGCAUUCGCUGCAAGCCUCCCCUUUGUGAGAAAAUGCCAGUUGGUCGUCCGAGAAAGUCAAGGAUACCAUCUAUUGGUGAGCAUCGUGGGACAAAACGGAAAAAAUGUUCUCGGUGCCAUGUUGUUGGUCACAAUAAGAAGACUUGUCGCAAUGUGAUACCACUACCUACUUCACUAUGAUUCCAUUGAAUUCAAUACUUGUUAUUUUUGUAUUGGAUCGUUUUCUUAGGGCAUAUUAUACUACAAUACCUUUCUUUUAAUACAUGUAAACUACUUAACAUUUGUGUUACUUUUUGUUUUUUUAAUGUCAAAUGUUUGACAUUGAUUUUAAUUUGUAGGUAAUAUGUUGUUUUUGUGGCACAAUUUUUACAAUUGCUAUGUACUUCUUUGGCUCUAUUCAUUUUUCCUCUAAAAUGCCA